AUGGAACCUGAUACCGAUGGCAACAUCACAUAUCCUUCUCCAGGAGCCGAGGCAAUGGAAUCCGGUCCUUUUUACAACACUGCCGGUCGAGAUGGCGCCCAAGAACAUCAAGAGAGGAUCGAUGGUAUCGCAGCGCAUCAUGGCCACCACGAACAGUCCGAACAUCAAGUCCCCGAACAAGUCCAACAUGUACAAGUCCAGGACCAUGAUCAAAGUGAACUUCAACAGCCAGAAACAGAAGCUCCCCAACAGCACGUCUCUCGUCCCCCCAACCUAGAGGAACUUCAGUUGGCAGCACAGCUGGGUCAAGGACUGGCAGGAACACCCAUGAUGCCUGCCACGGAUCCCAACAUGAAUGUUGAGGACCCCAAUCUGCGAAACAUCAUGCCUCACCCUGAACCUGACCAGCAGCAAACACCAUCAUAUGUUCACGAUACUCCUACGAGCGAUCCCAUGGUAUCUCAUGCCAUGUCUGUCUCUGUUGGGCCACCUAUGGCUCCUCAAUAUCCGCUCGACAACAGCAUCCCUCCAAGGAAGAGGUCAAAGGUUUCAAGAGCCUGCGAUGAAUGCCGGAGGAAGAAGAUAAAGUGUGACGCCCAGACCGACACUGGCGAUGCGCCCUGCUCAAGCUGUGCAAGGUCCUCUAUCAGAUGUUUGUUCAGCCGUGUACCUCAAAAACGAGGUCCGAGUAAGGGAUAUAUCAAGGAGCUGGCAGACCGUAUUCACAGCAUUGAGAACAAACUCGAAUCAGAUGGAGGCCUCAGCCAAGACGACAUCGACAGACUCUUCGUCACGGAUAGGCCACGGCCGAGUCAGAGCGAUGAGUCGGCUCGCAAACGACCAUUCUCCAGUAUUUCAACAAACGAAUUUACUACUCCUUCGCGACAGACUCCAUGGGGAUCUGAGCAUAGAAUCCAGGCCUCCCCAGAAACACCUGAAGCAUACACAUCCUAUGACAAUAGCUCAUUAGUACCACAACCUGCACCUCUCCUCAAGCCUGAAAGCGCGUCUGCCAAACCGCCUGUGGCUCCUAUGGACGUUUCUAUGCCCGAUGCACACGAAGAGGUAGACAUCGAUGAAGGCAUGCUGCACAGUUAUUUGUCCAGCUUUCAACCUGUCUAUCCGAUAUUGCCUAGUACGAAGGAGCGGAUGCAGGCACUGCUCGCGCAAUGCCCAGUGUUUCUUCAGAACGCAUUUGCGAACGCCCUCUCUGCUGUCGUGGGAUCUGGUGGCGACACAAAACUUGCCAACUGGCUCCUCUCUGAAUGGGAGAGCGACGAGAGCACUGCUUCACGGACUGUUACACGGGCCGCACACAUUGUUCACGGGCAAAGCUUGCUAUUGCUUGUGAUUGAUGCCGACUUACGAUCACUGCCCACCUUGCCCUUCCUUCUGACACGUGCUAUCGCCCUGGCCAGCUCAGUAAGGCUUUGGAGGUACACUCCCAUGGAGUCGCUCGUCGAGCCAGAUUCAGAUGAUGCACUGUCUGUGCAGAUAUGGUGGUCGUUAAUUCUGAUGGAUCGCUGGUACGCCGUUGGCACAGGAAAAUUGCUUCUCAUACCAGAACGCAGCGUGGUGGCUCCUCCUGGUCUGGAGAAUAUACUGGGAGAGGUGUGUUUCUACCUCGUUCGACUUUCGAAGUUGCUUGGUCGCCUCUGGCAUGCCAUUUCAACACUGCAGCCCGGAGCCUCAACAACCGAGGAAAUCACGGCUCAAAUUCUCUCAGAUUACAUCGAGAAUUAUCGAGAAGAUCUGCCCGCGCACAUUGAACCCGCAUCGCACCCAAUGGUCCAUAUGGCAUACUGGCACUGCAGACUCCUCGUAAUACUGCUUACCCCAGGAGCUACUCCAUCAGAAACGAUGUGGCCUACUAAGGAACUCAUCAAUCUUCUUUUCGCUAAUAACCAUUUGCGGCGCGGCCCGCUUAUCAACCACUUUGUAGCGCUUGUUUCCAUGUCUCUAACAAAGCUGAUCAAGCUGGACCAGUCACGAGAAGAAGCGACGCAACUGAUCAAGGACAUCAUAGAGAAACCUGUUGCGGUAUGGGACGGUGUUCGUGAGAAGCUCACAGAAAAACUGCGACCAGCUUCCUCAGUGGAAGCAACCGCGAGUCAGGGACUCCAGCACCUGGCAGACCUGGCCACAGCCCACGAAGGCGAUGACAUUCCUUUUGGUCCAUCGUUGGCAUUAGGAUAUUUGGAGAUGGCUUAG